CGAGAAAAGAUUAGCAUUAUGGAUCUUGGAGAGACCGAGAUGAUAAUUGGCUACGAUUGGUUGUUGAAGCACAACCCUGCCAUCGAUUGGCAAAAGAAGACAUUACUCAGCCGAGAGCCUGUGCACAAGGUUACUGGAGUACGACACGAGACACGCCCGACGAAUCAGCGCGCAACCCAGGACGGGAGAUUCGGCAUGAUCUCACCGCAUAAGAUCGCGAGAAUCUAUGCGAAGGACCCUCAGAGAGUAGGAGUCAUUUGGAUACGGCAGAUCGCGACCACGAAGGACAGAUCGGUACCACAGUUGGCG